GUUAUGCAGACUGACAAGACAUUUAAACAGUGAAAAUGUUCCUACAAAUUUUCAUUGCUGGAAUAGUUAUAUUAAUAACAAUACUUAUAUGCAGGCUUGGAUCUUUUUUAUACAGAUGGUCAACAAAGCGUCAUAACGUCCCACCAGAUGUGGUCAUUUUGUAUCAAAUUGGGAGAGGUCCAUUUGCGCCCAGCGUCUCCCCCUUUCCUUUAAAAUUGGAGACAUUUUUACGGAUGACAAAAACACCUUACGUUAACGAUCACUCGGGUAAGUUUUCCUCCAAAAGGAAAACGCCUUGGAUAGAGUAUGACGGAAAAUCUAUAGCUGAUUCCCAGUUCUGCAUUGACUAUAUAAAGAAAAAAAGAGGGGUGGACGUUAAUGGCGACCUGUCUCCCUCAGAUCAAGCGGUGGCCAGAGCGUUUCAGAAGAUGACAGAAGAAAAUCUAUAUUGGACUAUGUGUAUAGAAAUGUUCGGCGAGGACACAUCCACAGUGGAGAAGGUUAUACCAUACAAAGGGCUUAAACUCUGGCUCACCAUUUGGUUCCUUAAACGUGUCAUCAAGAAAGAGACGUGGGGCCAUGGGAUAGGCCGACACACCCAGGACGAGGUCUGGACCAUAGCUGUAGAUGACAUGACUGCAAUAUCGAACUUUCUUGGGAACAAGGAAUUUUUUAUGGGAUCUGAGCCAAGCGAAGUAGACUGUGCGAUGUUUGGAAUGUUAUCCAUGAUAAUAUUGAACAUGCCAAACUCAAAACAUGACAGAUAUGUUAGAGAAAAUUUGCCAAACAUAGUUCGUUACUGUGAACGGAUGAAACAACGGUUUUGGCCUGAUUGGGAAAGUCACAUUCUAACCAGCAGCAAGUACGAAAAUGAUGACGGAAAAAUUUAUUUCAAAUCACAAGAAGAAAAAACAUCCUAAAGAACUAGAGCUGUUGUAUUUAACAUUCUACGACGAAAUUGUUCUAAUGGUUUGGAAACAAUGAAGAGCGUAAACGCAGCAAAUUAACCUACAUUUUGAGUCCCAAAAGUGAAACAUGGCAGAAGUGUUUAAAUGCCGGGAUUUCUCAAAUUUCCCGGGAUGGUUCCUGUCAUUACAAUUUUCAUUGUGCACGUUGUUACUGAGAUCAGCUGAUCGUGUUGUACUUUAUUUUGAGCUCACCUGAGCUAGCCCAGGUGAGCCACUCUGGUGGUCUAGAUUUGUCCGUUGUCAUGUGUUCUCAUUUAAGUUUGCCCUUCCGUAAUCUCUGAAGAUUUUUACCUCUCGUUCAGAACUGGAACAAUUUUUAAACCGUGCAAUUUCACACAAUACAUCUUUGAAUAAAGAGUUUUCAAAAUUUAAAGUAAAAUCCUUGACUCUUUCAUGGGAGAAAAGAAAAAAAGAUGAAAAUGAUUGGGUUCAUUUAAAACUCGUGUAUGAAGAUUCAAUGUUGUUCAAACUGACUACAUAUUCUUUACAUAUACACUGUAAAAUACCAAAGUCUCAAAUGA